CUGGGGUUUCUUCUCCAACUGGACUCUGCAACUUUAGAAAGUACCAUCUCCAAAUCCAUGGAUCAAAACCAGAGGACGAACAGAGCUUAUCAGUUUCAUCCCGCGAGAGCAGCCAUUGUUGAUCUCUUCAAUCUCUACUUAGGGAGAAAUCCCCGCCAAAAAUCAGAUGAUGCCGUUCGAGAACCCCCAUCUACCUACCUCACUACUGUUGGUAGAGGUCUCACUGGACACAUCACAGGCAAAUCCAGGAAACCCUCUGAAGAGAGUACACCUCAGGACAAAUGGAUCACCAAUGGCUCACUGGAACAAAACACAAAAAAGGGUAACUGCUCUCAACAGAGACCUUCCUCCCCGAAAUGAACAAUUUCUUUUUGAUUUUGAGCGACUUCAAAGCCAGUUUCCGGACCAGGAGCAACUGCGUGCCAUGACAGAAACUGUUCUCAUUUCUUUGGUUGUGCAAUGUUGCAGUCACGCACCAAGAGCUGAAUUUAUUCUGUUUGCUAUACGGAACUUGUGCAACAUAGGUUAUGUGAACUGGGAUUCAUUCUUGCCUAAUCUCCUUUCUUCAAUUUCCACUGCUGAGGCAUCAUAUGGACAGGGUAAUCAAGCAGUUAGUGCUGUGUCAUCGAGCAAUUUAUGUCAAUCUGGUAUUGGACCAUCUUCUAGCACAGUUACUAAUCCUACUAAUUUUCAACCUUCCAAUCCUGCAUCUCCUUUGCCUUCAAUUCAUGGUAUGGGAUCUCCCGGCCAGACUGCAACAGAACCAUCCACUCUGUCACCAGUUAAAUCUUCUGAUGUUUCGUGCACUGGACAGCACAUAUCAAGGGCCAAUCCAUCAUUUGCAGAUAAUGCCAUUAGCUGUCUACGUCAGCUAUCCUGCAAAAUUAUUUUAGCUGGGAUUGAGUCUAAUCUUAAGCCAGUUACUUAUGCUGACAUUUUCUCCCACAUGUUGAAUUGGUUAGUUAAUUGGGACCAAAGGCAGCAGGAGGUUGAUGAUAGUGAUGGUUCAAAGGCCUGGAAACCUGAUAGGGCUCUUAAUGAAUGGCUGCACAGUUGCUUGGAUGUAAUUUGGCUGUUGGUUGAGGAGGAUAAAUGUCGUGUGCCCUUUUAUGAACUACUUCGUAGUGGUUUUCAGUUUGUUGAAAAUAUACCUGAUGAUGAGGCUUUAUUCACACUUAUAUUGGAGACCCAUAGGAGGCGAGAUAUGGUGGCUAUGCACAUGCAAAUGUUAGAUCAGCACCUUCACUGCCCCACAUUUGGGACCCAUCGGUUCAUUACUCAGGCUUAUCCAAAUAUAUCUGGAGAACAAGUUGCAAACGUGCGAUAUGUACCUAUCACAUAUCCUAGUGUCCUUGGUGAACCAUUACAUGGAGAGGAUCUUGCCAAUUCCAUCCAAAGAGGGAGUUUGGACUGGGAAAGAGCUAUGCGUUGUUUGAGACAUGCUCUUCAUACUACUCCAUCUCCAGACUGGUGGAGGCGUGUGGUUCUUUUGGCUCCUUGUUAUAGGCAACCUGCACAACAAGUUCCAACUCCUGGCACAGUUUUCUCUUCUGAAAUGAUUUGUGAGGCAACAAUUGAUAGAAUAAUGGAACUGUUGAAGUUAACAAAUUCAGAUACACAUUGCUGGCAAGAUUGGCUCAUAUUUUCAGAUGUGUUUUUCUUUCUCAUGAAGAAUGGGUGUAUUGAUUUUACUGAUUUUGUGGACAAACUUGCAUCUCGAAUUACCAAGGGUGAGAACCAGAUUCUUCGAAGCAAUCACGUGACGUGGCUACUAGCUCAAAUUAUUCGGAUUGAGAUUGUGACAAAUGCUUUAAGCACAGACCCCAGGAAGGUGGAGACUACUCGAAAGGUUCUAUCAUUUCACAGAGAAGAUAGAAACUCUGAUCCAAAUAGUGUUAGUCCUCAAAGUAUUUUGCUCGACUUUAUAAGCAGUAGCCAAACAUUGCGUAUUUGGUCAUUCAACACUUCUAUUAGAGAAUUUUUAAGUCAUGAACAACUUCAGAAAGGAAAGCAAAUAGAUGAGUGGUGGAAGCAAGUAACUAAAGGAGAGCGUAUGCUGGAUUAUAUGAAUAUGGAUGAUAGAUCGAUUGGGAUGUUUUGGGUUCUUUCACAUACCAUGGCCCAGCCUGCUUGUGAUGCUCUGAUAAAUUGGUUGAUGGCUGGAGUCCAAGAACUGUUGCCAGGAUCUAAUGUGCAAGGUGGUGAGAGGGUAAUGAUAAUGCGGGAAACAAAUCCAUUGCCAAUGUCCUUGUUAUCUGGCCUUUCAAUCAAUUUAUGUUUGAAACUGGCAUAUCAAAUUGAAGAAUCCUUAUUUGCUGGUCAGGUCAUCCCUAGCCUUGCAAUGGUUGAAACAUAUUCUCGGUUGCUUCUGAUUGCACCCCACUCGAUAUUUCGUCCACAUUUCACUACUUUGACACAAAGGAAUCCAUCCAUAUUCAAUAAACCUGGCGUAUCCCUGCUCUUGCUUGAAAUUUUGAACUACCGUUUGCUUCCACUUUACAGGUACCAUGGAAAAAGCAAGACCCUGAUGUAUGAUGUCAUAAAAAUAAUUUCUAUGCUAAAGAGCAAGCGUGGAGACCAUCGCGUAUUCAGAUUGGCUGAAAAUCUGUGCAUGAAUCUCAUCUUGUCGUUGCGAGAUUUUUUCCUGGUGAAAAAAGAAUUGAAGGGCCCCACUGAAUUCACUGAAACCUUGAAUAGGAUAACAAUGAUAAAUCUUGCCAUCACUAUCAAAACUCGUGGAAUUGCUGAGGUUGAACACAUGCUUUUCCUUGCACCUCUUUUGGAACAAAUAACAGCAACAAGUCAACAUAUGUGGUCAGAAAAGACUCUACGUUAUUUCCCCCCAGUUAUCCGUGAAGCCUUAAUGGGCCGAGUGGACAAAAGGGCCCAGGCAAUACAGGCGUGGCAACAGGCAGAGACAACAGUUAUAAAUCAAUGCACUCAGCUUCUGUCUCCAUCAGCUGAUCCUACAUAUGUUAUGACCUACAUUAGUCAUAGUUUUCCUCAACAUCGGCAGUAUCUAUGUGCUGGUGCUUGGAUGCUUAUGCAUGGGCACAUUGAAAACAUUAAUUGUGCAAGUCUUGGGCGUGUCCUGAGAGAUUUUUCCCCCGAAGAAGUGACAUCCAAUAUAUACAUAUUGGUGGAUGUUCUUCUUCAUCAUAUUCAUGUGGAACUGCAGCGUGGACAUCUCUUACAGGAACUUCUAUUAAAGGCUAGCGCGAACCUUUCCUCCUUUAUUUGGACUCAUGAGCUUCUUCCCUUGGAUAUUUUGCUUCUAGCACUUAUUGACCGUGAUGAUGAUCCCCAUGCUUUGAGGAUUGUGAUAAGUCUACUGGAUAGACCAGAGCUGCAACAGAGAGUCAAAUUGUUUCUGAAUCGUGGGCCCCCAGAGCAUUGGCUUAACUCUGGAAUUUUUAAGCGUGUUGAGUUGCAGAAAGCUCUGGGGAAUCAUCUGUCUUGGAAGGAUCGGUAUCCCCCUUUCUUUGAUGAUAUUGCAGCACGUUUACUUCCAGUUAUCCCCUUAAUUUUAUAUCGGCUAAUUGAAAAUGAUGCGACAGAUAUAGCUGAGAAAGUCCUAGUUGUGUAUACCACAUUUCUUUCUUACCAUCCACUGAGAUUUACGUUUGUUCGUGACAUUCUUGCAUACUUCUAUGGUCACCUUCCUAGCAAGCUUAUUGUAAGAAUAUUGAAUGUACUUGAUCUGUCCAAGAUCCCACUUUCUGAGUCGUUUCCUCAGCAUAUUGCUUCAUCAAAUCCUGCUGCCUGCCCGCCUCCAGAUUAUUUUGCGACUCUCCUAUUAGGUCUGGUGAAUAAUGUCAUUCCUCCUCUAAAUAGCAAGUCAAAAUUUAUGGGGGACAUUUCAAAUAACUCUGUUCGGGGACCACAUAACAAGACUCCAGCAUCAUCUCAGUCUGUGCCAUCAAGUGGACCAGAAAACCAGAAAGCAUUCUAUCAAAACCAGGAUCCUGGAACUUAUACCCAGCUUGUUCUUGAAACAGCAGUAAUUGAAAUCCUCUCACUUCCGGUGCCUGCUUCCCAGAUAGUAUCUUCACUUGUUCAAAUAGUAGUGCAUGUUCAGUCAACACUUAUUCAGUCCAAUGGUCUGCAAGGAAAUUCAAGUGGUGCGGGGCAAGGUUCUGUCCUACCAACUUCUCCUUCAGGUGGAAGCACAGACUCCUUGAGCAACAGCAGAUCAACUCCAUCCGCAUCUGGAAUAAAUGCUGUCAACUUUGUAUCCAAAAGUGGUUAUACGUGCCAACAAUUAUCUUGCUUGAUGAUCCAAGCUUGUGGUCUUCUAUUGGCUCAGCUCCCUCCAGAUUUUCAUAUACAACUUUAUUUAGAGGCAUCACGUGUUAUUAAAGAGUGCUGGUGGCUCACAGAUGGUAAAAGAUCACUGAGAGAACUAGACUCUGCUGUCGGCUACGCUUUAAUGGAUCCAACAUGGGCUGCUCAAGAUACCACCUCAACAGCCAUAGGUAACGUAGUUUCGCUGCUCCACUCUUUCUUCAGCAAUCUUCCACAGGAGUGGCUGGAAGGGACACAUGCAAUCAUUAAGCAUCUUAGACCACUGACAUCCGUUGCAAUGUUGAGAAUAGCAUUCCGUAUUAUGGGUCCACUGCUCCCCAGGAUUGCCUUUACUCGACCUCUUUUCAUGAAGACCUUAGCCUUAUUACUUAAUUCAAUAAGUGAUGUGUAUGGGAAGAGCUCACAACCAUCUAGUCCUACCGAGGCAUCAGAAAUAGCAGAUCUCAUUGACUUCAUUCAUCACAUUGUCCUGUAUGAAGGGCAGGGAGGACCUGUACAGAGUAGUAGCAAGCCUAAGGCAGAAAUAUUGACUCUUUGCACAAGAUUAAUGGAGUCUUUACGGCCAGAUGUUCAGCAUCUUCUUUCCCACUUGAAGACUGAUCAGAACUCCUCCAUCUAUGCUGCAACCAAUCCAAAGCUGGUCCAAAAUCCUUCAUAAUGCUUACUCAAAUAGGGGCUCCCUCCGUUGCUUCCUUGUUCUGGUGAUCUACGACCACCCUAGGGGCGGAAGGACUUUCUUUGCUGCUUAGCCCUAACGACAAAGUAAGUUAUGGCUCACUUUUGCACAAGAUGGAGCUGCUGUUUUGGAGGUGGGAGUUGUUGACGCACACCCUUGGUUAGGUUAAGCAGUUUCAAGCUGGUUUCUCAUCAUUUUAAAAAUUGUUUACCAGUAAGACAACUUUGUAUGAUGUAAAAAUAUAUUUUCAUGAAAAAAUAGUCUCUCGUGUAGCUGGGGGAUGUAAGCUAAUGUGUCACUAGUGUUAUCAUGUAAAUUAAUUUUGAGGAAACAACGGGCACUCAUCUGGUGACCCUGUAGAUGGUCUACUUGUUUUUUAUGAUAUGGCCCAAGGACAAUUUCUUUGCAAAA